AUGUCUACUGAAGAUUUGGACAACUGCUCAAUAGAUUAUCUAGAAACAGAACUAGCAUCACUUCGACCUCAACCAGAACGUGAUGAAAACCAAAUUGAAGCAAAUAAACAGGAAUUGCAUAAUAUUCAAUUUUCCAUUAUACGGAUAUCCGCACUUCAGUUGGAAUAUAAUGAACAAAUUGAGUUUAUGGCAAAUGAAGAAGAUCCAGAUUGCAAAAAACUAACAGCAGCAAUACAAGCAACAAAAGAUCACAAAAGAAUCUUGCAGGGUAACUAUAAUGACAAAUUUAAUAGUCUUCAACAAGCACUUGCUAGUACAAAUGAAGAUAUUGUUAACUGUGAAGAGCAGUUAAAGUUAUUGAAACAAGUUGCAUUGAAUGAAACUCAAAAUAUAGAUAGUGAGAACACUAAAGAAAAUAUUGAUGAAGAAAUUGUUAGAGUAUUAGAAGAAAUUGAAGAAUUACAACUGCAAAUUGAUAAGAAAACUAAAGAAAACCAAGGUUUACAACUCAAAAUUAAGGAAGAACAAGAAGAAAUAACAUGUCUUGAAGACACUAUUCAAUACACAAAUGAAGAACUCCAAAAUAUCAAAGAAUCUAUUGGUGAACUCCAAGCAGAAAUAUCGCUUGUGCAAGCCGAAAAACAAAGCAAAACAUCCAAACCACUUGAUGAUGAAAGUAGAGGCAAUUCACUCUUUGCAGAAGUGCAUGACAGGAAGAAUCACCUGGAUUACAAGUUAAAAUUCAUGAAAUCACAUUAUAUUGAAAUGCAAAGUGGUAAUGCUGAUCUUACUAAUCAAAUAAAAGCUCUCGCUGCUGAAAAUAUGCGACUAUCAGAGACAUAUAUGCUUGGAUUGAAAGAAGAAAAAGAACUAGAGAACAAUUUCCUUCAGUAUCAAGAGCAGAUUGGAAUAUUAAAAACAAAAUACAUGGAAACGCGGGCGUUAUUAAAAGAACAAAGUAAAUGUCAAAACAAAGAUUCAUGCAAUGACGAGAUGCGCGUUUUAAAACAAUUCCUCACGUCUACAGAAAAUGAUUUUUUAAACAGACUCGACAAUUUAUUAUCAACUUGGGAGUGUCAAGUUGAACUAGCGAAGAAACUGGACGAAGUGAACAGUGCAGUACGUAAUAUUCAAUUUGAAUUAGAUCAACUUACAUCGAGAAAAACUCAAUUAGAAGCUGAACGAAACGCGUUGUGUUUUACAAAGAAUAUUAAUCACAAAUGUGAGUGCAAAAAGACUUCAAAGAAAUCUACAAAACUUGCUGUGUUUAAAUUUAAAUAACAAAAUAGUACAACAAUUACUUCUUUUAAAUAAAACAAUCUAUUUUUUGUUUAUA